AACAAAGUUGAUAUCUGAUCAGAUUCAUUCAUGAGCGUCUCGUGACGUCAACUACGUCAUAAACGUCCUCGCGAGAUUUGCUGCACAGCGCCCCUUGGUGGACGUGUGUGGGAAAGGCGACAGGCGGUAUGUGGACUACGCCGCUGCUAGCUGUAGCAUCCAACACAAACACGGACUAAAUUCAGUUUUCGUGGCCGCUGGCUCCACCGACGCUCGGAGAGGAUUUUUAUUUCGGUUCCAAGUUUCCUUUUGGACGCCUCAAGACCACCGAGGGGAGCGACGGCAAGAGUUGAACCCCGCUGACACCCGCGCGGAGCCCCUGCGGCCUGCUUCCCCAGCCCGCUUUCCUGUGUAGUUCGGGCGGCGAGUGCCGUCACGAGAGCCCGAGGCUUCCGCUGCCCUCAGCUUUUCGCUCCCAAGCAAACCGGUGGAGCCGCGAAAUUCUUCCUUGACGAACUUUAAAUCUCAUCCAGGGUGGACUGCUAGCCCAUCGACGCCCAGGCGCUGCUGCUUGUACCCAAAGGAGAGCUUGUUGGCGACGACGCGGCCUUUUUGGUUGGUUUGUUGUGGGCCGCCAUGAGUCUCGGCGAACAAUAACAAGACGCGGAAGACCACUGGUCCGGUACCGGGCCCGCCUUCCAUGACACCAACACGGCGGCCGCUUUUCAAACCGGGCCUAGUACGCACACCGACUAUGGAAGUAUCGCGGUGCAGCCGCAGCAAAGCGGGUCAUUUUUGUAACCAAAGCCCCCAUGAGAGAGCCCCGGCCGAGCGGCUCUGAAGCGACGUCCAGGCUCCGGUCUGCACACUAUGCUCCACCGAACCGAACCAGGGCCUGCUUGUGUACGACUCUGCAUUGAGGCUGGAUUUGGGAUGGGAGUGAGGAAGCGAGGUUAAGACCCUGGCCCCCUAUGUUGUCUUCAAAGCCCCCACAGUCCAUUCGCCGCGUGUCGUGUUUGUGUUUCCCGGACACUUUUUUGCUGCUUUGAACGCAUCGGAACCGAGCGGACCGGCUCGCCGGGUCAGGCCGCUGCGAUGAACCCGGUGAACGCGACGUCGCUCUACGUGUCUGCGAGCCGCUCGGUGCUGCAGUGCGACCCCCGAGACCCCCGCGCCCUGUCCGAGAUGUGCAAGCUGCUGCCUUUCUUCCGGCAGUCUGUGUCCUGUUUGGUCUGCGGUAACCUGCUGCAAGACCCCAUGGCACCCACCGACUCAUCGUGUCAGCAUUAUGUGUGCCGCGGGUGCAAAGGUCAACGGAUGCAGCUGAAGCCGUCGUGCAGCUGGUGCAAAGACUAUUCGCGGUUCCAGGAGAACCGGCAGCUGUCCCUGUUGGUGCGAUGCUAUCGCAAGCUGUGCCUGUACAUCACGCACUCGCCGCUCGCCACACACAUCGCCGGCGCCGCCGCCGACUCGCCCGACCUGCAGGCCGUCCUCAACGAGGGCCUGCGGCUGGCCGAGAGCGAGACCGAAUCUGAACUUGAGCCCGACCCCGCGGAAGGCGAGGCGCCACCCGAGGAAGCGCCGCAUCCCAACGAGAUCGCCACCACCGCCGGUGUCAACGGGCUUCACGAUUGUAACGGAUUGGUCUCCUCGCUGGAUCCGGGCCGAGCGGUCGUCAAGCAGGAGGACUUUUGCGAGGAGAUCCCGGCGGGGACGGUGGCGGGCCUUUGCGACUUGGGCGGCUUCGGCGACGAGCUGAAACACGGAGCGGGGCCGCUGCUGCUGAGCGUGGAGGAGGUUCUGCGGACUCUUGACACGGACACCGAGCCCGACGACCCCCCCACGCCUCUGUCUGUCAACGGGCCUCUCUGCCCCGCCCUCCCUCUGGAGAGCAGCUGUCACCCCUUUCGCCCUCACCCGCAAGCGACCCCUCAGUCCCCCAGCGCCGCCCCCCGAGGACCUUCUCGCUGCCACCGCAAGCGCUCCCGCUCGGAAAGCGACAGCGAGAAGCUGCGGCCCCUCCCCAUCGACAGCCUCCUGCGUGGACCCCCUCCCAACGGCACGCCCCACUGCCCCCGCCUCGGCGCCACCCCCGUGUGCGACUUCACCGCCGCCACGCCCAACUUCCACCUGGCGCCCGUGCCCAACGGCGGCCCGCCCAAGAUGGGCAAGGGCCCGCCGGGCUCCAGCAAGCCGCCUAGGAAGACGGGGGAGCACCACGGGUGCGCCAAAAAGGCCAAGGCCAGGGCCCCCAAGCCCCGCUCGCAGCCCCGCGGGCCCCCCCACCCCCACGCUCACCCGCUCAGUCACCCGGCCAGCCCCUCCAAGCCGCUGUACAAGAAGCCCGUGGAGAAGAAAGGCUGCAAGUGCGGCCGAGCCACACAGAACCCCUCGGUGCUCACCUGCAGGGGGCAGCGCUGUCCGUGCUACUCCAACCGCAAGGCGUGCCAGGACUGCAUCUGCCGCGGCUGCCAGAACUCCUACAUGGCGAACGGCGAGAAGAAGCUGGAGGCCUUCGCCGUGCCCGAGAAAGCCCUGGAGCAGACACGGCUGACGCUGGGCAUCAACCUCACCAGCAUCGCCGCCGCCGCCCUGCGGGGGCCGGCCGGCGCCGCACCCGGCGCCGCCCUGCUCAACGUGGCCGGCGCUACGGGCUCGCCGGUCGCCACCGCCUUCUUGUCGGCGGCGGGCCACGACGGCCGCGCCUUUGACGACUCGCUGGAGAUGCACUUUGACUGUUGACUCUCCACCCACUCGAAAACUUGGUGCCCCCGUCUCGCACGCAUUCCCGUCGGGUCACCCCGGGGACUUGGCGGUCACGUGUCUUUUACCGUCACGCCCGUCGCCGUUAGCUUUGUCGUCGUCGUCGUCAUCACUGACUGGUAUAAUUUAUAUUGAUGAAUGUUUUGUACAUGAACCUACGUGGAAGCCAUUGUAGGAUCUAUUUUAUACAUUACGUCUUUGACAGGGCAGCACGGUGGGUGGAGUGGUUAACGCUUCUGGCUCGCAGUUCUGCAUUCGAAUCUGGGCUUCCUGCGUGGAGUUUGCGUGUUCUUUUCCCCACAUGCCAAAAACAUGCAUGUUAGGUUAAUUGAAAACUUUAAAUUGUCCGUAGGUGUGAAUGGGAGUGUUUGUCCUGUGAUUUACGAGCGACCGGUCCUCAGUCAGGACUCGAAUCCAAGAAAGCAGAAAUUCAAAUCCACCUCCAAUUUUUCAAUCUUGACUUUGAAAAAUGAAACCAAUUCAACAAUUGGCGCUCUGAGCUGAAAAAUCACACAAGCUCAACACUAAUGAGAAGAAGCAGACACAAACAUUUUGGCGCCAUGUUCAAAACGCUUGGCACAUUUUUUGCGGUUCCGGGUUUGAAUCCAAACUCCCGGGUUUCCUCUCUGAACUUUUCUUCCUCCCAAAUUCCAGGAACAUUGUUCAAUUGAAGACUCGAAAUUAGCCCCAAGUGUGAAUGCUUCAUUAUUUGUCUGGCGACUCCGAGCCCGAUGAGGACAACAGAAAACGAAUGAUUGAAGUCUGCGACAUACGCCCCAGGCGCACCACGGAGGGCGUAUGUUUUUUGGCAAGUCAGGC